AUGGAUUGUUUGAUACAGACUGCCAAAGAAUUUUCAGAAAAUUGUACGGUGCACGGCCUCAAGCAUGUGGUGACCGAAGGGGAUGGGCAAAAGAGAUCUUCUGGUAAAAUUUGCCCAAAUUUUUACCAUAUUGGAGGCUCUUUAUGGAUGUUCACCUGUGCAGUUGCAGGUGCAAUGUUUGUCUUUAUGAGCAUUCUGAUCUGGAGGCGAUUUGAUGGCAGUCCCACGGUUGUUACGAUAGAAUCAAUGAACUAUCCAAUUUGGAACUUCACAUUUCCAGCAGUAACAUUAUGCAAUGUUAACAAAGUAUACGCACCACAUACCCAAAAUAUUACAGAACUUCUAUUGAAUCUUGGCGAAAAGAAAGAAACCAUUAAUGAUUUUUUCAGUAAAUUAACUGCUCUUAUACAUCACGAAAUCGUUAGCGAGGAAAAUAUUAAAAUUUAUAAAAUCCUGGAAAAACUGGGAUACGGGGUUGAUAAACUUAUGAUGGAGUUAGCCCAGCCUUGUGAAACUAUGCUCAGAAAUUGUUUCUGGUUGGAUUCUGAGCAGCCUUGCAACGAAUUAUUUCGUAUGACAAGAUCCAUCGAAGGAUAUUGCUGUUCCUUCAAUUAUCACGCCUUAUAUUCCAAAUUAGAUAUACAACAAGAAAAAAAAUAUUUUAUGGAAGAAAAUGCCACAGGUGCAGGUCCUUCUAUGGGCAUCAGAGUUAUUGCUGAUGCUGAACCUCAACAUUAUGUUUCGACCAUAAAAGCUUUUGCUGCAAUCCAGGCAAUGAUUCAUGAUACCCAUGCAUAUCCUGAUAUGUCUUCAAGUAUUGUAAAUAUGCAACCAAAUCAGGAUGUGAGUAUCCUGGUGCAACCAACUUUGUUAGCAAGUGCACCAGAAGUGCGAUCUAUGCCACCAGAUCAAAGGAGGUGCUGGUAUCCCCACGAGCAUGUUUCAAGGCUGUCCAAUAAGUACAACUUUGAUAAUUGUGUAACAGAGUGUCGAGUCGAUACAAUUUUAAGAUUGUGCGAUUGCAUACCUUUUUAUUAUCCAGAUAUAGACAUUCCUAUAAAUGGUGUUCAGAGAAGAACUUGUGAUUUAACCGAUGCACAUUGUUUGAAAGUAAAUGCUCGUGAAAUUUCUGGCCUACAAUUAACACCAAUAACAUCAGAUGAUAUCAAUAUUGAAAAUUCGUGUGAUUGUCGCCAAGCUUGUAAUCAACGUUCUUACCAAAUAAAAGUUGAUAAAGGGAUCAGACAAGAAAAAAUACCAGUUCCUGUUCAAUUAUUUGAUACCAGAAAUCUAACGAAUUUAACAGAAUUUAAUCUGUAUUUCAAGGAAUUAUCUUUUGUGAAGUAUAGGAGAGAUCCUUUCAUGACAUGGGAUAGCUUAUUAGCUUCCGUUGGAGGAAUUUUUGGCUUAUGUCUAGGAGGAUCUGUAAUAAGUCUUGUGGAAUUAGUGUACUACUUCACGAUGCGAUUUUUUUACAACUGGAAACGUUCGAAUAAAAACCUACAAAAUAAUCAACAAAUAUUUUAUUUAUAA